AGCAGCAGUGCGUCGCAGCCCGUUGUGCGCCUCUCUGCUCUGAUUGGCUGACACUGUAGUGAUGCUCUGCAUCCUGCUCCCACCGACAGAGCAGGAGGGAGGGUGGUAGGAUCGUCGGCCGGGAAAUCAUCACAACACAGGGGGGGUAUAUGAUCAAUUUCGCCGUUUUCCUCAUCAGGAAGAGAUAUUUACACUUAACAUGUCUGCAGAAACAGACGUAGCUGCUAUUGCCAGCGUGUGACCUCCAGUACAACACGUCCUACCAAAGCGCCCAGAGACUGAUCAGCUGCCGAGAAAGUCUUACCUUUGCACCCCGGGGGACACUGAACCUAGGUUAACCCAGAGGCCACCAACAUGCCCGUCAACGACCCCGAAAGCAUACUGAGCUACCAGGUAAAGUGUCCUUUCAAUGUCUUCAUGCACGUCGCGUUGCUCUGACAGUAUAGGAUGGCACAGACCGAGCUGUAGGCUACAUGAGCCCCAACAACUGUUACCCUCAGUUUGUGAGAUACUCUGCGAUCACAGAAAUUCACUGCAAAUUGCCGCUAUAGGAACCAUUUAACGCAUGCUGUCUUGUUGCAUUUCCUGGUGCAUGCAGCUACAAACCUGCUGCGACUUUGUACAUUUCCAUUUUUUUUUGCACAAUUUUGUGUUUUAAUGGGUUUCUCAAUGUUUCCCUCAGGAUUUUAAAUUAUACUGGGUUUCCUGCCCUUCAGAGUGAUGUUGUAUGCGGGGGAUGCUGUUGACAUUGUUAUUCUGAGGUGCCAACACGUGCAGUAAUUCCGGAGAGCGGAUCACAUAGCUAAGAGCUGAGUUAUUUGGACUCUUUACUGUUUUGGAAAAACUCGUGGCAGCAGCAUCACUGUUGGAUUGCAGCAGUUUAUCGAUUAGAAAGUCUAUUGAUGCAUUUUAAACACAGCGCUUAUUAAGAUGUAAACUGUUCGUCCUCUUUGAACGGGACAAGAGAAAACGCGUGUUUUAAUGGGUUUUAACACAGCUCCUGCUGAGACGGUGUGUUGUUUUCUUAGUUACCCUCAAAUGACCUUGACGCCAUCCUUACAGCAUACAGUGAAGAGUGUCUACUUCCAUACAUAAUCGUUUUUAGCCCAACCUCACAGCAAGGGGACGACAGCCUGCGGUCAAGUGAUGUUUGAAGUGGGGGACAUUGCAUGAUCCUUAUUAUCCAGUUGAUGUGUGAUCCAUUAUCCUGAUCCGAGGUCAGCUGAUGAGACAGAGGCACAGGAAGAAACAGGAAGGACAAAUGGACUAUUGAACAUGCCAGUGUUCAGGGACGCUUAUUCAAGCUGCAGCAAUGUUUAGUUUGAUACAGCUACCAUGGCAGGCAGUAUCACAGCUAAAAGGACUUAAUAUAGCUUAUUCCCCAACAUGGUAAAUUAUAAUCACAUGUCAGGGCAGCAGACAGAUGGAGAAGGACCAGAGGUGAGCUGGGAAGUCUCUGAUAUGAUUAGACAGCUUUCAGGCAGGGAAGGGAAAUUGCCUGGGAGCUUCACUCUCAAAACUAUUGCCAGUUUAAUAUCGUGGCAGAAAACUUGCAAGUGCAUCUUUGAACCAUUUCUGAUAUACUGGUCAAUCAGCAUGAACUCUGCAUGGAAUCAGAGCCAUUCUCGCCCAAAGUAGUUGGAAAAAAUAUUCAGAUCAUUUGCCCGAGACAAGAAAAGUCUAAAAAUAGUCAUACCACAAGUUGAUGACAUUGUUCUCACUAAAAGUGCCAAAUAUUGCAGUGAAAUACCUUAAAAGUGGAAUUAGGGGAGACCAGGGCUUGUUGUCACAUGGGCAAGUUGUCACAUGGCAAUUAUCUUUGCCACCAGAGGGCACAACUGAAAAGUGGAAUACUAGUUUUCUUCCUUUACAUGAUCAGGGAUCAUGUCCUGUCUGAGAAGAGAAGAGCACAUUGUGAGCUGAGAUGAGCACCAAUUAACCAUUUUGCACAACCCAAAGUAAAAAAAUAAAUCUUUAUAUAUUUUAAAAUAAGCUUCUUCGAGAUAAAAAUCCUAGCAGUGAUACAUGCGGACUUGUUAGAGGAGAGAUUAAGGCAUCCUGUCAUACCUCAGUCAUUGUUCUGUUUAAAGCGAACUUUUAGCUAGAGCUAGAAUUAGCAAACAUGGUAGUUUGGGGCAACAUGUCUCAGUCAUUUUGGGGUUAGUUGUCACAUGUUUAAAAGGGAGUAAAAUAAACAUAGAGAGUCUGCUUAUCAGCAGUUGUCACAAAGAAAUUUUGACUUUACUUUUACAGAAAAAAAGAGUACAAUAAAGGACUUUAAUAUCUCUCCUACAGCUUUUUAUAGUGGGCCAAGUGCCCACGUAGUCAGGUUCUUAUCAGGUGCUCAGUUAAGUAUAAGAGCUGAUUCUAUAGUAACACUUCGCAAUAUUUAUAUUGGAUAAAUGCAUCAUCACAGUAUCCAUCCAAACAGAUCAUUUUCCACACCAGUGUGCCCCUCUUUCCACACCUUUCCUGGCUAGCAUAGAGGAGAAUCUACCCAAGUGAAGACCUGGUCCAGAGCUAGUAUUUGGUUUAAUAGUUCCCAAAAAAAUGGUCUCCCAUGAUAGACAAGCUUUUCAUUACUUUUCACACAGUAUGCCACAAUAUGAUUCAGAAUUGAAGCUAUUUUUUUCUUGCUCAUGUAUAUUAAUGUUGUGAUGCUAACUCAUGUAGCAUGUGAUUUGUUACAUAAGACCUGAGCAGACAGAGUGAUUUUCUUUGCUCUGGUCUCCUUAUCUCAGUGAACAGACACAAGGCUGGCAGCUAUAGUCCCCUUAAGGGACAGGGCUGUGGUUCAACCCCCAACAUAGAAAAAUCAACUUAGCAGCAGAAAUCUCAGUAACAGAGUGCUAGCUAACUACCUGAACCAAUGAUGGUAACACCAUCUGUUAGUGUUUAAUCCAUUUAAUCUAUUUAAUAAUGUUAAAAACAACACUUUACUGAAUUCCACUCUGCUAAAAAUUUGCUAAUUAAAAUUACUUCUCAGCAAUCUUUUCAGUGCAAAAUAUUUAAACAAGGCUGAUGAGGCAGGAUGCAGUUCAUCCAUUCAAUUGACACCUACUUUCAGCAGCUGAUUAAGACAUUACAACAGCUGUAUAGGAACCCUCAAUCAUAAUUCUGAUGUUCUUGUUUGUUUUUGGAGGUCUCCAAGAUGCAUCAGUUUGAGUUUCAGCCUGUUUCAUUAAUAGCGAAAAUGCCUCACAUUGGCUUUAAUUUGUUAUUCGAUAUGUUAUUUAUUUGUUAAAGGCUUGUGACUGUAUAUCAAAAUAAAACACAAUGGAUAGUUUUACUAUACGUAAAUUACAAUACAAUAAUAAAGCAAAUUUGUCUUGCCUCUGACAUAAAAACCAAAUCUAUGACUUAACCCACUGCAGUCUACUAUUUCUUGACUUAAUUAUUAGGUUUGAAUGUACAUAGAAUCAUGAGUGUUGUUAUUUUAAAAGGUUUUUUUAAUCAAUUGCAAAAAACAAAACAAACAAAAAAAAAACGUGAAAUCAACAUCACAUACAGUAUCUUUUAAUUAGCCGAUCUGCCAUCUAAUUUUCAGCUCUGGCAUUACUGUAUGAAUUGACAUCGAUUGAUCACCACAUUGAAGCAUAUAUAGCGAAUCCUAACAGGUUUAACACCAAUUUACAUUUAAUGUUGUAUUCGUAACUGUUGAAAGUCAUGAAGUUAUUCCCUUCAUUUAAUAUACUUCUCACUAAUUUCUCCCAUUAACAAAUUCCUUAGACCCUUAUAAUUUAAUUGUAUGACCCUACUGUUCUCCUAAGUGCAGGUCCAAAGGUAGUUGAAGAACAUUGUCUGUAGAUAUCCAGCUGACUGUUUAUCAGUUAUUGAUAUGCACCACAGACACACACACUUAAACUGGUAAAUUGUAGUCCCGAGUUGCACCACUCUGCAGAUACACAGCCGCAUUUAUAGAUUCACUGUUAUUUACAAUUUACAGAUUUAUGGUGUCACUGACACUUGUGCUGAAGCUUUUUGACAGUAACACUAGAUCUAUUCUUGUAUUAAUUCAUAGAAAACCACAACAUAAAUUUGUCUCAGCUUUGAGUCCCCACACUAGAUUGCAAUGUUCCCUUAUUCACUUCAUUUACGUGCGUCACUCUUUGGCAUCCCUCCAAAUCUUUCAUUUUAAUCAGUUUGGUGCUACAGAGACCAUUUAGAGAGACUGAUCCAUGGUAUCAAAUGAAUGAAUACCUCUUUUUAAAAGUAACUGUUGUUUCGUACAUAUCAAUAUAAAACAAACAUUUUUCAUCUAUGAAACAUGUCAAAAUCCUUCCAAUUUGAAAUCUUACAGUACACUGCAUCAUAUUUGAAAACCAUGACAGUGCUGCAGCAUAUCCAAUGGUUCUGUUUAAUGGGAUUAAUUUGGUUUGAAAGCAGACACAUUAGAGGGAAGUAUAUCCAUAGAGGUUUGAACUCAACACAAAAAGGAAAAACUGAAAAGAGUGGACAAGGUCUUCAAAGUUUUUUUUUCAUAAACAGAAUGUUCUUUUCUUUUUUUGUUCUGUUAAUUAAAACAUAAUUGGAGGUUAAAUACCAAACUCUCCCUGUGGAAUUAUUCCGAACCUUUCUAUCUUUCCCCCACAAGACCCACCGAGGCUGUUGUCACCUCUCUAAAAUGAAACAAUUAGAGAGCAAGGACCAUUAGGAGGCAGAAUUGUAUGUGCCGAGCUAAAUAAGGUGUGUAUGACUCAUGCCGAGCGUGGGAUGAAGCAGUCAAAACAGUCGUCCCUCUAAUCCUAUCUCCUUCUAUCCUGUCUCACUUAUUUUCAUUACCUUUCCUCAUCCAACCAUUCGUUUAACCCCUUCUGUGCAGGAAGUUCUGCCCUGUGUUCCUGCAGCAGUUAAAUGGUCAUGCAACACUGUGAAGCGGCAGUGUUAGCCUGUGGCUGUAACAACAACCUCAGACACAAAGCCAGGUCUGGAAGUGACAGGCCCAGUUGUCUGAGUCAGGGUCUGUGUCCCUGCUGUCAGUUCAGGGUGCUGUUGGAAGAGGAGGGGGGAGUGGUCUGCGAGGAAAGAGGAGUGGGGGUGUUGUUGGCAUGGUCGGAUAAAAAUAGAGGACCGAUGAGAAAGACAAUCAGGCAAAGUAGCGAAAGAAGUCUCUGGAGCAAUGUUCAAGUAUCUUGUUAGAGAGAAAGAGGUCAGUGGAGUCAGGAGAGACAGGCAUUAAAAGCCUUGAAAGCUCACUGUGCUGCUGAAUCAUGAAUGCACUUUAGUCGAUCCAGCAUUCAGAUGAUGUUAUUGAGUUCAGAUUGAACAUCUCCUUCAAACAGCAGAGAUUUACUCCCACAACAGUUAUUAUAUCUUUCAUUUGAGAAACUGAACAGUGCCUGUGAUCUUGUUAGUUAUCCCAUUGGAUUUCUGACCUCUUCAUAUUACCCAGCAGGCCUCACUUCUUUGAACUUGGCUCAAUGGGUCCGUGUCACCCCUGCUCCCUCACGGUCCUAAUGGAGCGAAAGGGCAUUUUGGCCCAGCACAUUGAUUACCUCUCUCAGUCAGGAAAAUCACUGCUGCUCUAUUUGUUCAGGGGCAUUAUUGGUACAUUGUGUUUCACAGUAAUGAACUGUGAUAAAAAAAUCUCUGCCUUUGAUUGAUGCUGUGGCCAAAAAUACUCUGAAGAAGUUUAAAUUAUAAGACUCUAAUGACUCUUUUUGGGAUAGUAAGUUUAUGCUUUAUCUACUUUUUAUUAUUUGAAUCCCACAUUUUCCUUUCAGUUUGUCUGUCUGUAUCUAUCCCAUCCAUUCUCAGCAAUGGUUGUCCAAAAAGGAAUCUGGCCCUGCCUGACGUUUUCUUUGCCACUGUGGCCAAGAAAUUGCUUACUGGGCUCUGCAAAUAAAAUAAAAUAAAAUAAAUAAAAAAAUUAAUAAAAAAUAAAAAAACUGUACAGUAUAAACCUGCUCUAUGUGUAAGGUUUUACUCGAUUACUUCUUUUGUCAUUUUGAUUUGUCCAGAUAUGAACAAAAAGAGAGACAUGGUACACUGAGAAAGAGCUUCAAAUGCAGAUUACAAGUGAUGGAUGAAAAGUUUCACAAGUUUUAAAGUCAUAAAACCACAAUUGGGAAACGUAGGAAUCUUAUUCUUUGCCAAAUCAGACUUUUAAAGACUCAUCAGCAGCACUUUUCGUAACAUGAAGUGGAAUCAAUUUCUGCAUCAGUUGGAUUUUGAUUAGGAUCUGAAGUAGGACACUGUGUGAGGCUGCAGUGUGCUUGCUUGUUCUGCUCUGGGAGUCUGACAUCUUUUUGGGAUAGUCUGCUCUGUCAGAAAAUAUAUGGAGUAUUUUUUCAGCUAUUAGACAUAGUCAAGUGGUAACAUCUCACUAUAUUGUGGUUUCAAAUUCUAGAAACUAGAUUAGGAUGCCCAAAGUCUUCAUCAUGAGAAGCUGUGACAAAUGAAUCCCACAAAAGAUAGUUUUCACUGGCGAAAUUCAAGAAAGCGUCAGUAUCUAAUUGUUAAAAUUACAAGAUAAAGUAACAGGUUUUAAAAUUGAAACAACAGAUGGUUAGGUAACAUCAGCAGAUAAACACUGGGGGUGUUUUUACUCACUUGAAUAAUUUAUCUUGUUCAUAUUGGCCCUGUCAUCUUCUUAACAUACAGAUCAAUUCAGCCACAUGUUGCAGAUAAACACUGUCAUUGUCUUGUCAUUGUCAAAAAGCUUAUGUAGUUUAUGUCAGUGAGCACCGACACAGAUUUUACUAAGUAAGAAAUUAAUUUAGUACACUUUUGUCCAAAGCAACUAAAUGCUCAUAAAAUGUCUUAAAUAUGAUUUUGAAAGGUCUUAGAAUGUAUGAACUCCUCUUACAAAAUACAAAUAAAUAACGUGCCAUAGAAAUAAAGAUCGAUUUGAGGUAAUGUAAAAUGUUCAGAUUUCCCUUCAUGUCUUUUGUACAUUUUUCCAGUUUGGAUGUUAAAUGGGUCUCAAACUUUAUUUAUUACAAUCUUUAAAAAGUCUUAAACUUGACUUGUUGAAACCUGCAGAGACCCUGUAAUAAUUUAACCUUCCUCCUGUGUUGGCUUUUACUACACACCCACCAUAUUAAGGGUCAGUUUUGACCCUUAUCUUAAAUCAGCUGUAAAUUACACUAAAAACAUUUCUCUAUCAUCCAGUUUGGUCUCAUCUCUAGGUUACCUUGGUAGGCUUCAUUAUCCAUGAAAACAUUGCUUGUAUUAUUUUUUGUUGUGGGCCUCUGGGCCUUUCUUUGUCAGUAUACCCCUCACACAGACAUUUAUACUGAACUGAUCUCACAUGCCUGGACAUGUCCGACGUUGUUUUUUGUGCAGGGAAAAACAUGGCAAAAUUAUGAUUUCCUAAAUCUCACAUGACUGGAAGAGGAUCUGACUGUCAGUGUGGUGCCUGACAGUUCACUUAUGAUUUCAGUUUUUGCUCUAAUUAUUAGAUAUUAUUCUAACUGGGUCAACAGUGAUCCUAACAUGGCAAGUGCCGUAAUCUUAAUAAGAGCAUUUUAUAAUUUACUCAAUUUAUUUAUUUAUUUUUUAUUUUGUUGAAAUAGAGGUUCCUGACAAAGUCAAAAAGUCUUGAUGCAAAAAACGCUAAUUUAAGUGGUUCUUUUAAGCAAAAAAUAAAAAUCGGGUCGCUGCAGACCCUAAUACAUGAGGAGGGUUAAAAAGUUUGAUGAAACUUUUCUCUUGUUUGGAGCAAUCUAGGACACAAAACUAUCUGUUCUGUACUGCCCAAGCAAUACUCAGUUUAGGAGAGUUGUGAUGUUUAUUUUUUCUUGGUAUUUUCUCAGAACUGUGUCUCCUGUUUGGGGCUUCAUUUCUCAAAUCCAGCCACAAGGCAGCUCCAGUGUUUGUUUCUCAUAGCUGGUAGCAAAUGAUUUGUUUCUAAAGGAGAGAGACUCAAGGACAAGCAGCCACUAUGUGGAUCGUUUGCAUGGUGCAUAGGCCAUAAUCUGUGUGGAAAUUAUUUUUGAGUCAUAAACUCUCCUGAGCGCUGUGACUGAUACAGAGCUAGAGGACAAGAGCGACGAAAAAAAGGGGGGUGGUUGCCAGGAGAUAGAAAUAGGCUCCAAAAACACAAAUUAUUCACCAUGUCAGUGGAAAAUCACACACACGUGCAUACUCUGAGGGUCGCAGAUGUGCUCACCCAGAGCGAGCAGCAAGCAAACAAAACUUGAAGUGCCAUGUGAGCUUUUAAUUAGCUGAGGAGCUUGAUGUGACACGAGGGAGUGACGAGGAGCCAUUAACCUGUUGAAAAAAAAACACAUACUUGCAUUAAUUUCACAUUAAGAAGGUGAUCUUAGUGAACUGUGACCAAGAUGGCCACAGGCUCUGAGUCAUAUGGCGCUAUCACAAGGACAUACAGCAGUGUCGUAUUAUCCUGCACACAGAGGACAACGUGAAAGAAGGUUUUUCUUUUGUCAUAUUGUUUGCUGAAGCACCACGUUAUCCAGUAGUCGCAAUUACAACUAUUGACUGAGCCUCAGGAUAAUGAUUUUUCUCUUUUUCUGUCAGUAUUAGUGUCUGUGUGUGUGUGUGUGGACCAAAUGGAUUCUUGCUAAUUGAUGAUCUGAUGGUGUACCGUCUAUUCUGGAGCAAAGAGCUUUUAGUCCCUCUCUCUCUCUCUCUCUCUCUCUUAUCCACUCCCUCUCAUGUGCAUCUGUGUUUGGUAGAGCUCCAGCUCUAAUGAAGCUCACAGCCUCUAGCCGGAGCACUAGUCCCACACACUGCCGCAGCUGCACUUACUGAUAACACCAUGACUCUGUGUGUGCAUGUGAGUGAGGGAAUGAGAUCCAGAUUGAGACAGAGGAUGCAUAUAUUCACAGGAUUGUUUGCUUUAUUUCUGUUAUUGGUUUAUUUAAUGAUGCCAGCGGGAGAAAACUGAUUCAGUCUCUGAGAUAGCUGUCUUUGUGAGUGUGAGAGAGUCACAGCUGGACACACACACACUGGAUACGAUCUACAAGUAAACAGACAAUUUUUGGCUCAAACAUCAGUCAUAAUUAAAGCUCCUUUGACAAGUUUUUAGUUGCUGUGAAAGACUGAAAUCAACACAGAUACUUUUACAUAACCCACAAAAGCAAACAAGGCCACCAGAGACAUGAAAGAUCCUUUUUAACUGAGUUAUUUUUAAUGCUUGUAAUCAUCCUGCAGCACCUAGAAAAAUAACUUUUGAUGACACAACUAUCGAUACGUCUGUUAAAAGAAAGGCAGGUCAAGGUGCUAGUGAGGCCAAGUGGUUGAAGUGCAUGUAGGGUGAUAGUCCUUGUCACAAGGGUCACGGUUCUGACUCCCAGCCUUGACCAUAUGCUGCAUGACAUUUCCUGUCUCUCUUCAGUUGUCCUAACUCAUUUAGGUAAAAAAAGAAAAACCCUUAACCCAACCCACAUAGAAAAAAAGACAUUUUAAAAUAAGACUUUUUUCUUUGUCUAAUACAUUCAUUGAUUUUUCUGAAAGAAGGACAAAAAAGACAAGACAAAAAUUGUAACAGAGCCAUCUCAUGCCAUCUCAUCCAAAAAAGAAAUGAAAAAGCACAUUUGAAGCCCCUGAUGUCAAAAGCCACAUCCACAUUUUAAAAGAAGAACAAAGCAGCCUCUCAUGAACACGAGGAAGAAAAAGACAACAAAAACAAGAACGACUUCACACAGCAGAAUGGCUUACACUGAACAAGGGUCCUAAAUCUUGCCAAACUCUUUUCCUCUGUCCUCAAUGUCAAAUCAUCUCAGUCUCUCUGAGUGUAAAGCAUCGACUCUUUUUCUGAGCUACAGGUCUUAAGUGGGCACAGAAUCCAUUAUCCACACUUUUAGGAUGAGCUCUGCAACCCAUAUUCUAAAUAAAACAACAUUUCUUUUUCAUGUUUAUGAGCAACUGAGCUUGUAUGGAUGAAACUUUUCAUUGGCCAGCUCUAAUGAACUCUUUUACAACUAAAACAUAUGAAACUUCAUUCAAACUUAUCGUGACUUUUGAGUCAAUCUGAGUAAAAUUCAAGAUGUAAAGACAGUUUUAACGAAUCACUUUUAAGAUUCAGCCUUUACUCAGGACAAGUACUAAUUUACUGUUUGUGAAAGAUUGAAAAAAUGCUGCUUUCAGAAUCUUUCUCAUACAUACUACGACUUAGAAAAGAGAUUUUUUUCUUGAGCAUUUUUUGCUUUUUAAUAUGUAGAACAAGUGAAGAGAAGAAGGAGGAGUAGAGAGGAAAGGAAGAUGCGCAGCAAAAGGUUGUGGUGACCGCUGAGACCACCAGGCCAGAGACUACAUAUGUAAAUCUACAUAAAGGUGCAAGCUUUUUCUUCUGUCUCCACACAUAUUUUAGCUGCAUAAAUAUCAUUAUACAACCAUGAGUCACAUCCAGUGUUUGGCCCAAGCAUGACUUCCUAAUUGAACAGCCUUAUUCUCAAAGACAGCAGAAUCGUCUUGGGACAGAAAAGUGCUCAGUCAUGGAAAAUGAAAGAUCCCACAGCUCUGAUAGGGAGGAGCAGGUGUAAGAGGAGGCAGUGUCAGGCCACACACACACACACGAACGCACGCACGCACGCAUGCACACACACACACCUGUGAAUAAGCAGACAUCUGGGGGAAUCACAAAGCUGUUAAGAAUCACAUUAAAGUGUGCACCGAUAUUAGAGCAAUUGGUUUAAAAAUAAAACAAGACACUUCUCUGGAGUCGGAUUUAGAUUCUUGCUUUCAAUAAGGUAAGACAUUCAUCUGUGUGCUCUACAUGUUUAGCAGUUUUCUCUUAUCACAGUCUCUUUUUAAUGUACUUAGCUUUUGCUUUUUUAGCACCAUGAGGAGGCGAAAGCAAUGAGAGAGAGGAUAAAAAACAUCUGAAGGACCAAAAUCUGAGAAGUACAGUCAGAGAUGUAGAUAAAACCCACACACACACAAGCAGCUCUAUCCCCCAUUUUUUUAAACAUUUCAUUACUUUAGGCAUAAACCAGCGUGUCUCCUUUUUUGUGAAUUAACUGUGCAUGGUAUCUUAACAGCCAAACCCCAGGAGACCUGGGAAAAAUCACUGCCUCAAUGCUCCAACACAUCUUACAGAAAUACACUCAAUUGUACACACACAGAGGGAGCAAAUUUAGUGUGAAUAACUGUCAUGAACAGGGCAUACCCCUAAAAUGAAACAGCUCAGAGUGAUGUUUUUUAUGCCAAAGUAAAAGACAGAUCCUACUCUUACAGGCAACUUUGACAUGUUCAAUUCCACCCCACUAAAACAAUCUCUCAGCUCUUCUGGUCACACUUCAGGAAGAUAAAUCACAAUUAUUUUUGCUUCUCUGUUCAUCCUGUUGCAGCAUGAGCUGCUGUGCAUGCUGCAUUUUCUUCUCACUAGAAACUAGACCGACCUGAUACAGAGAAAAAAAAACUGACAGAGACUGUAAAUCUUCUGUUUCUUCCCUGACAAGCAGGCACAUCAUUAAACAUCUUUCUCUUGAACAUACAUAAACAUACUUCACUUGUACAGCUUCUAAGCUAUUCUAACAGGCAUACUCUGCUCAGCAUUGAGAUGAUUAUCUUAUCUAAUUGUUCUGAUUAGGGGUCUGCAGGUUUUGCACAGGGGCUUAGUUCAAUCAAGGAGGGAUAAUUUCAUCAGAUUAUUAAUCAACUAACUUGAUUACCUCAGCUCUGCUUUGGAUUUUGCUACCAACAAAAUCUGUCUUAUGCACUUCUCUUCUGUGUGGUUUGACUACAUCUGUUUAUUUUUAUUUUUAUUUAUUCCAAGACUGAUUAAGUUUUGGAGAUGUUCAAUACCCUUCACCAUUCAUCAGUUUAAAGAGCAGAUGUUUUCUGAUUCUCAUUCAUUACAUAUCAGUCUAGUUUUAGAAAGCAACACCGAGCUCUUAGAGCUCCUCUUUAAAUUAUGUUCUGAAGCAUAAAAAAUACCGUAUUGCUGUUUUCAUUGACCCAUCAAAGGCCUUUGACACAGUAGGCCACAGUUUACUGAUUAAUGUCCUCCAUCAUAUUGACAUAUCAAAACAAGCUAUGCCCUAGUUUGGGUGUGCCAUAAGGUUCAGUGUUAGGACCAGUACUCGAGAUGAGGGGAAAUGAGAAAUGAAAAUGGGAAAAAUCAUCCCCCCUCUAAAAUGGUCAUCCCAGCUUUCCAUCCCUUGAGCUAUUUUUGUUAAUGAAUUGGAAAUAUUACUACAUUACUGGCUAAAUCCACACUUGCUAAACCCACACCGCAAUUUUAAUGUUCAGCAGGUCUAACAGGCAAACCCUGUCGGGCAAAACCCACAGGGUCUGGAAUGGCUCCGCAAGCAUUUUAAUCAAUGGCUGUGUCUGAAAUGAAUCACUCGAUCGAUCCCCAAACCCCUCACCCCCAUAUGGGCCUUCACUAUAUAGCUGACUAUGUAGUGAGCUCAAUCACUGGAGGUUUACGACACUACAUGGUGCACCUCCAUCUUUGAAUUGCUGCUGCAGAUGCAAUGCAUGACAGGAUUUCCACCACCUGUGAGUGACCAUUCGAUGAUCACAACAUUUUGCAAUGCCCUAUGGGAAAUUUUGAGUCGCCUAUAUAAGGCAUUGGAAAUGAUCACUCAGGUUUCUGACACCCCUCAGAAUGGCGAUAACCCCCAUAUAGUCGCCUAUAUAGGGGUUAGAGAUCCAUUUUGGACACAGCCAAUGUGAGUCAUUCCACAGAAUCCGUCCGGCGGUCAGAUCAGAUACGCAAGGCUUCUAUUUUUGAUGGAUGCCGGAGCGCGGUGCAUCAAUUCAGUGCAGCGCAGCAUGAGCAGCAGCAGAAGUUUUAUGCAGUUAUAGAGUAAAAUAUCCGGUUAAUUUUCAAAAUAAAAUAAAGUCAAUAAGUUAAACUGUUCUUAACUUGAUAAUGGGAGAGGCCAGGGUUGCGGGAUGUGGGUGUUAAUUUACACCGCUGUUUAUAUACACCAACCGGCGGAUCUUAUUCUAUGACUCCCGGGGACACACGCAAGAGCUCGUGAGAUCUCGUCCAGUCUCGUGAGAAAUAUCGCAUAUCUCGCGAGCGCUUCUGAUUCGCGAGCGGAUCGGAUUCGGUGGGCGCUGUAGGCUUGCGGAUCUGACCCGUUCCGGAUCCUGUGGGUUUAGCCAGUGACUCAUGUUCACACAGAGAUGAGCAAAAGACUGCUCAGUUUUUCUGCAUAGAGUUCUUUAAAGUGAUGGAAACUUUCAGGUAUCAUCACACUUGAAGCUUUUUACUCUAUCUAUCUAACAGCUACUGCACAACCUUUUCAUUUGUUAUUUUUAACUCACUGUCUGAAAUCUGUCUCUUUUCCAUGCUAUAUUUAUUUUUCUCAAGGGUUAUUAUCUGGUUACAUAAAGUUGAACAAUAUUAAAAACACCAAGCAAAAUCUGCUCUCACCACCUUCAUUAAUAUAAAGUUACAUACAGUUCGUGACUUUAUAUCGAGCGGACAGAAAAAUCGGUCAUGUAUAGAACUGCAAAUGUGUACCAUUGUGUGUCUGUGUGUAUAAGCAUGUUGUCCCCCAAGCACUUGCAUUUAGUUAUAGAUUUUAACUAUUGAUUUGUAACAGCUUUUGCAUGUUGUGCUCACAUUCACUCAAUUCCCCAAAUAUGCCAUAUGUUACAUCUCUUUCCAUAAAUACCGGGGUUAGAUCAUUUUCAAGGAUUAUUUUGAAGCAGUCGCCUAUGGGAAUUCAAAAAUUUCCUGCCUGUUGCAUCCAUAUGUGCAAGGGAUUAAAAGAGAUCCUAAAAUCAGACACUGAAGUGGCACUUAAAGUUCCCACAGCACUCUGACCUCCUUAUUACAGGAGGAAUGCAUGUCCACAGAUUACACUCAUCCUACGCUUGUGCAAACAGCCCUGUUUCUGAGAAAGCCCGGUCAUCGUGUUGGUAAAACACAACACUAUCCUGCAGCAAUCUGCCAGCAGCAGCAGCAGCACUGCGGAGGGUUGUGGCACUCUGCUAAUUUGAUUUGAUUUCCCCUCGAUAGUAGAGCUGACCACAUUCUCCAAUUGACUUUGUUCACCUCUGGCUCAUGUGUGUGUGUCAACUGGAUGUGUGCAUCCGUCCUGUAUGGGUGUGUGUGUGCGCGUGUCAGACGGUCUGAGAAUAGCCUGUCUGGAAUUUGAUGCUCACUGCUGAAAGUUCUUGCCAGUUUGGCCAAUUAGUGGCUUUGUUAUAGCAUCAUUUGUUGGUCUCAAAGAACACCUCUGCACACACUGACCUUUUAAGUUAUCUUGAAACCUGAAGGUGGACUAGAAAGUUCAACUUUUCACUUUUUUUUUUUUAAAUCUAGCAGAGAAUUAAGCCUUUUAAACACACUGCCAUUGAAUACUCUGUAUGUCAUACUCUUUUGUGUGUGUCCAUUAGAGGCCAGAUGAGGAGGUGGUAGUGGACCAGGGAGGGACAAGCUCAGUGCUGAACAUCCACUAUGAGAAGGAAGAACUAGAAGGUGGGUAACAAGCACAAGUGGAAAAAUUUGUUCCAAAUCUGUCAUUUACGUUUCACAUCCAUUGUUAAACUUCAGAUUAUGAGGAGUAAUUGUUUGCUGUAAAUGUUUGCUGUCAUUUUUCUUUGUUUGGUUCUUUAUUCUCACCUAAACUGCCUUAAACUCCAUGUUUAAGGCAGUUUGUCUUUUCAUCGAAUGUCUUUUUUAACCUUUCACACUGUUGGUCUAUUACUCCAAAUUUUCUGUAUUUUAAAUUGUGUUUAGUGUAAAGCAUGUUAUAAAUAAAAUGUAUUAGUAUUAUUGUGUUUCAUGGUAAACAUAAUGCCAUAAUAUCAAACCAUUGACAAUAUAAAAAACUUAAAACUGUGGAGACAGGUUAAUGUCCGUCUGUCUGCUGUUUGCUGUUACUUAGUUUCCUUUUUGCAUUGCAGAGCUUCAUUUUUCCCCCUCCAAUAAUGUUCUUUGUGCCAACUGUGUUGGCAACAGCCUUCAUAACUGCAGCUUGCAUCUGAGCCAGGGAAAUAUGAAUCCUAGAAAAUAACUUACAGCUGAAAUACAUCUGAAAAAAGUGUAGUCAUCUUAUACGCAGAGUUUAGUCAUUUAGGGGGUCUAGGCCAUCAUAUAGACAUGUUAGUGGUUUACAAUUUCAGCUUAAAAAACAGAAUUGUACUGAGUAGCAAUGGCAGUGUAAAAUGCACCCACUUCAAGAGACCAGGGGUAGCUUUUAAGGUGGUUUCUGCAACAUUCAAAGUUUUUUCCAAUCCAUCGAGAAGAUUACUGCGUUUUCAGGGACUGUUAGGUCCAAAAAAAAAAUCAAAAAUGAAGAUAGUCUGUGAUGAUUUAUGUAUAAAUUUAAUGAGUAAGGGUUAGCAGCUGAAUGAUGGCUGCCAUUUUCAGUAUAUCGACCAAUCAGAGGCUGUAUCUACAAUAAGCUGACCUGCGAAGGUGGAAUGAGAAGCCAUUUUACUUAAAGCUCCUGUGGGGAACUUCCUGUCUGUGUUAAUUUAAGCUACCAUGACCACAUUCUGACUUCCUAAAAAGAGGACAUAACUACGUGGAGGAGGCAUCACAGAGUCGCACGGUUAAUUUUGAGAGUUUAUCAGUUUGGAUCAAGUGUCUUUUACGCGCUUCUAACUCAGUAAGUCCACAUGACUCAAAAUCGAAACUAAAGUACAAAACUGCUGAAAUUUGAAGGAUUUUAUAAACUUCCUCGGACAAACCCAGACAAACCCGGACAGCUCGAAAAAGAAUACAUGUCCAGGUCAAAAAGGACGUCACCCUAACAGCCUCGUAGUGAAUAAAGUAGUAGCCCUUACAUCAAAGCUGGCAUCUUUUUUACCCUGUUCAAGUGUUUUUAACUGACAAAUAAAUCUCUUCCUGUUGUCUUUUUACAGUGAAGCGGCUAACCUGACCCUUCACAGAAGUUACAGGCAGAAAAAUGUACAAUAUAGCAAGAGACGGUCUGUUUGUUGAUGGUCUCACUUGCUUUUGUUCAUGUUAAGAGAGGCAACACUGUUCAUCUGAGCCCGUUUCCAAAACACUUUAACUGGAAAAAUUUCAUUUAACUUACCAUGUUUUGUAUAAAUGCAUCAGGUUUUAUUAUUAAAGUAAAAUAGUUUUCUGCAUUAAAGCAAGAUUUGGUUUUAGAAGUCUUUUCUGUCAAACGUCUUGAAAGAUUAGACUCAUCUUGACAGGGGGGCAUCUUAUAUUUAGGUCAGUAUGCUGCUUGUUUGCAUAUAUCAUGAUUAAAUAAAUGGACAUGUCCACCUGACUUUGCACCCAGGGUGGGCGGCUCAUAUUCCUCUUAAUGUUGGGAUCGAAACAACAAAUUAAAAGACACUAAAGCUGCAAUUUAAAAACUGCUAAUUUUAGCAAUAAAACAUUUCCUGGCAAACAUCAGAGUUUCAGCCUUAUUGCAUCCACUUUAAUUUACUGCACAUGUCACAGUUUGUAAACCAAACACACAAGAAUUUCACCUUGAAGAUUGUGUUAGAGGAACAUGGCUGUUGUGUAUUUAUGAUGAAUAAGAUUUACAGUGUGUGUCAGCUUUGACAAGUAUAUAUAAUGAUAAGAAAAAACUUAAAUCAAUGGAGCAAACUUAAGACACACAUAAUAAAAAACAGACCUUAUCAUAAAGAGUAGAAAUAUCAAGAGUGCCGAGACAAUAAAAGGCUGUUAUCUGCUGUUUACAGUGAAUAAUUGCACAAUUUAUAUUUAUGAAAAUAACACCUCUUUUGUGUCCUCUUUCAGGCCACAGGACUCUGUUUGUGGGGGUUCGGAUGCCCAGGCAGAGCCACCGUCACCACAAGGCCCACAGCUCUCGCCACCGCAAGCGAGACAGGCGGGCUGGAAGCAUCGCAACACAACAAAGCGAGGGAACCGAGACAACCACCUCCAGUCAUGGUAACACAGAAACACUCUCCAUAGGAUGAACCUUUCCACAAAGUGUCUUCGAAGUCAGAGAGUGAGAAAGACCAGGAAAAAUAAAAAGGGAUUGUUUUGCUCAGUGUUGAAAAUUCAGCUCCCGGUGGAGGGUUCAGAGGUUGUUAACAGAGUUCAUCAAUACUGUGGGCUCUUCACAUACUUGCAUAGACACACACACAGCACUCCAGGCUAAAAUUGACAAGCCUGAUAAUUAGCUGCCAACAAGCAGGGACUAGUCAGCAUGUUGCGUGUCUGUUACUCCGGUAUAUACUUUGGUAGAUAUUUCGGUAGAUGUGUGUGAUGUUGUGUGCACUUCUUUACCUCACUUCAGUUUAACUCUCAUUCAUCCCUCACAUCCUCUCACUUCAUCAGACACACCGUCCCAGCGGGUCCAGUUCAUUCUGGGCACAGAGGAGGAUGCUGAACAUGUGGCCCACGAGCUGUUCACUGAGCUGGAUGAGAUCUGUGUGAAGGAUGGCAAGGAUGCUGAGUGGAAGGAAACAGCCAGGUCAGGACCUCCACUGGGAGUCGUUUGCAGCAAUGCUUGGCAAUAAAGCCUCUGACAGCCUGGCAGCUCUACAGCUAUACUGCUUGGAAUAGGGACGUUUACAGGCAGUGGUUACUCUUACAGCUUAGUGGAUCAUUUUUUGGUCAGUUUACUGAAAUCAAAAGACUCCACAGGGGGAAAAAUAAUCCUGCCUGCCCGAUCUGAAUUCCAAAAGCUGCUGUCAGAUUCUUUUAUUGUGCUGUAGAUAUUACAUCAAAAUGCACUGAGACAAAAUUGCAUGUAAACUACAGUGUUAAAAAAGGCAAGCUAGACCCUUUAGCACCGAGCUCGACCUUUGUUACACUUUGAGUGACAUAAAAAUGCUCCCAAGAGCUACUUUAAGAAAAAUAAGUAUUUUCAAGUGUCAAAAAGUUGUAUAUUUAUUGAGCAACAAAGCCCUACUUAUAGUCAGGAGUAGAAAAAACAUGUAUAUAUAUUUUUACUCAACAAUAUUUUUAUUAGUUUUAUACAAAUUAAUACAGUGCAGCUCUUGAAAGAGCACAAGAUACAAAGGAAACACAUUGCAAACACCCCCUUUCCCUCAAGACCCUGUCUACUGCUGGAUAUUCCUGUUACUGUGCUUAAAUAACAAAUUCUGAAGCUAAAACAAAAUUUAAAAAAACAAUCAAGUGCUAGAAUUUGGGUUUUGUAGAUCUUGAAAUAUAUAAGACAUUGAGAAAUAAAAAGUAAAAAGAAAAUAAGUUAAAUGAACUCCUGUAUGUUAAGAGAAAUACAUUUGUAGACAAGUCGCUGAAAACUAAAAAAGUCAAAUAAUUAUUUAAAAACACAAAAAACACUGAAUAUAGUUUUUAAUCUCUCAUGACUGUGGAUAUUUCUUGUCAGAGACAUUUGUGGGAUAUUUGUCAAAAGGUGAUAUCUCUGUGUCUGUACUGAAGUCAUUUAGAUUCACUCUUUACCAGUUUAAGAGAGCUGAGUGGCUCUCUGAGGUUUAAGGAUGGUAAAAGAAAAUCUGUUCCAGCUGCACACACAAAUGAGUUUAAGUAAAUCCUAUAAAACUUUGAUAAACCCUGGCCCUGGUUUCUGGUCUGUCUUUAACUUGCAGGUGGCUAAAGUUUGAGGAAGAUGUGGAAGAUGGCGGGGAGAGAUGGAGCAAGCCAUAUGUGGCAACUCUCUCCCUCCACAGCUUGUUUGAGCUCCGCAGCUGCAUUAUCAACGGCAGUGUGUUGCUGGAUAUGCACGCUGACUGCAUCGAGGAGAUCGCAGGUGAGCAUUUCUGGAGCUAAACAUUAUCUAUCCUCAGACUACAAAAGGCUAUCGUCUUUAACUUUUAAUCAAUGACAGGAAAUCUGUUUUAUAAUAUGACAGUCAUCGUUCUAUCUCUUAUUUGACAGAAUAUACAACUGAGCUCCUUGUUUUCCUACCUUUUCCCCUCUGCAGUCUUUAGUCGUAUCUUGAGCAUGUCCUUGAGAAGAUAUUACAGUCACUGACAUAAAACAGGCUCCAUAUGACAGCUGAGAUGCUAGGCUGUGUGCUACAAUGUGAUUUAUUCUUAGAGAUGACACACACACACACACACACACACACACACACACACAGACACUGUACAGGCCUCAGGGGAGUGUCAUCAUUGUGGUGGGUGCAGGAAAAAUAUAAAAACACAGACUCAAGUUGUCAGUGACAGAAAGUCUACAGUGAUUUAAAAUAACUUAGACACCCAUCAAACUUACAGGUGCUACACCGAACUCAAAGUGGAUCAGUGGAUGCAGGAGCUAUGUGGCAUAAAGCUGAACAGUUUUGUAUUUUUACUUGACUUUUAUAGUUGAACUUUGAUUGACCCUCAUUUGCAUCAUAAUCUAUAAUCAGAAGAAGCCAUGACACGUUAAAUUUCAUUUGCAUACACAAUGAACCAUGUGUCGUGAAUUUGCAGGCAGGUAAAAACUCAUUGCUUUCCUUCACGGUGCAUGGCAAUGAAUGUCUGAAUAAAGCUGCAUGGGUAAUUACAUGAUCCAUGUUCAAGUGCAGAUGUAAAAUGCACAGAACUGCAGUACUUUUGCAGUUCAGCCACAUAUAGAUUGGUAUAAAAAUAAGCUCAAUGCUUUCUGUCAGUCACCGUUUCCCAUGGUCAGGUUGUGACAGGAUAACAACCUGAACAGCCUUGUUGCCUGCGGCCAAUCCUCCUCUCCUCUUCUCCACUUCUCUCUUCUUCUCCAUCUUGAAUCCUGCCAGCUGUACCUGCAAUUAAAACAGGAGCCAAGAUGGUGGAAGCGAAAGACUUCUUAAAUUAUUCGCUUACUUAUUUUUGGGAGAGCUUCACACUGAGCCCUUGCAGCAUGUUAGGACAUUUUUUUUCAUUAAGUUUGCUUCAAAAAUAUCAUUUCUGUAGUCUCUACAGCUAUCAGCAGUACUCAGAUAAAACAUCUUAGCUGAAACACAGAAAAGACUGGAGUCUGCUAUUAGGCUUGAUCUCCAGAAUUCAGACAGAAGUCAGACAUACCACCCACCGUGGAUCUUUGUAUUGAAAAAAAAAAUAAUGACAAAAACAACGGUUGGCCAGUGAAAUCUUAAAGAGUCAAACUGGGCAUUUUACAAAACGGUAUAAAUUUUCAGACUCCAGAUACUCACGGUGUAGAGUUCAGUUAAACGCGGUGAGGCACGAGUAAUUAGGAGGGGGUCUCUGAUUACUCUAACAUUUAAUUUCCUGUGUGUUGUUGAUUAUUUGUUGAACUGCCUGUGGAAGAAACUUAAUUACGUAGAUAAAAGACCAGAAUUAUUAAUACACAGCUAAAAAGAGAAUGCUACUUCCUACAUUACCUCGCAUCCUGGAAGAUUUAUUCUGUUAUUGUUUACAUCGUCAUUUUGAAAGUGAGUAUGUUAAUGUUACCCACACACAUGAUUAAGAAAAAAAGACUUUUUAGAGCAUGAAACUUAACUCAAACCUUGCAUAAAAAUCAAACACCAAUAAUGCUCUAAUUAGGCGCUUCCUCAUGUUUUAUUAUUGCCAGGGCAUCUCAGAGGGUACUUUAAUGUUUUAUACACCACGAGGCCUUUAAAGGGCGCUUAAUCAUGUUUAUGAUGCCACAAAGAAGGCACCUUAAUGGCCUUUUCACAUGUUUUUUACCGAAAGUGCACCAGAGAGGGUAUUUGAAAAACAUUUAAUCUUAUACAGGAAUAAUUAAGAGGGCCCUCCAACUCACAAGACUGAUUUUAAAAAGUCUGGCAUUUUUACUGAUCUCUCUUUUUUUCAUGUAGUUUGAAUGUAUAUCUUGAUAAAAAGUACCGCUAACUGCGAAUUGCAACUGGAAUAGCAAUAACAGACACUGGAUACACUGGUACCAUGAACAUGAAAUAACUGAAUCUAUCCUGUCAUAUGAGCUACUGAUAAUCUGAGACCAGCUGGAGGAGGACAGUAAUUUGAGAGUAGCAGCUCGACUCUCCAUUUGUGAGUUUGAUAUAAUUUUAGCUUCGUUCGUGUGAAUUUUCAUGCGUGCAUGCGUGUGUGUGUAGUGGGUUGAUUGACUGUGGCAGAAAAGGACAGAAGGGAAGAAAAGAUUCAGUCCUGACUCAGCAAGUACAGAAAGGAGAGGGAUGGAGAGAUGCUGAUUAUUCUCUGCGAUCCCACAUGACCACACAUGUCUGACACAUAUUGACCUCCCGCUCCCAACAUUCACUGUCCAUUCAGCACCAUGCCUUCACAUAUUGACAGGUGUCUAACGAGAUGCUCAUAUUUCACAGUGUAUAUUGUCGCUAUAUGUAUGUGUCAUUUUUUUUAUGUGUCCUGCAGACAUGGUGCUGGACCAUCAGGAGGCGUCUCAUGAGCUGGACGACAGCGUGCGGCAGAAAGUGCGUGAGGCUCUUCUGAAAAGACACCACCACCAGAAUGAGAAGAAGAAAAACCUGAUCCCCAUUGUGCGCUCCAUCACAGAGGGAACACGCAAACAGUCAGAGACACACCUGACGGGUGGGUUUGUGCUGCUGACUCAUGUGGAACGAUGAGCUUUGGCCGAACAAUAAAGGCAGAAAAACACUUCUUUAUAAACGGCAGACAAAAGCAAAAUCAGACAUUAAAUCAUCCACUGAUGAUUGUAAAUAAGUGAAACAUCUGCUUAUUAGCAUGUCUACUUUCCAGGGUGUUAAUCUUUUCAUUUUACAAAUUUAUAUGACAUAAUGUACUUACUCUGACUCUGUCUCAAACCCUCAUUGUUGAGCAGGAUCAGCCACGUCCCCUCAACCUCCACCAGCCACAGAACCAGCUAAAAAUGGUGGUGGACUGGACAGCGCACAGGUGGACCUCAGCAAGGUAAACCAGGGGUGGCAGAAAAAUUUUCUCAUCAAUAUAUACAGGUUUUUUUAGAGAGUACGCUUAGAUUGGCAUAUGUUUGGAAAAACCCAACAGACCAUGGGUUAGUAGACGAUAAAUGAGUGACGGAUAUAAAAAAAUCUUUAUAUGUACCUUGUUUUGCAUGGAUCUGUAAUCAAUGAUUGGUGAGCUGUCAACAACAUCCAAUAGGUCAAAUAGUGCCCCCCAGGAAACAAUGGUAGAACUGCAUCUGAGCAGAUUAAAGGCAGCAUCACUAAUGUCUCGCCACAGUUAUAUAGGACACACGUUUAGCCAAUAAAUGCAACUGUGAUUUUGAGUACAUAGUCAGAGGGUCAUAAGAAUGCUGGUACAAUUCCCUUGGUACUAGAUUUCACUUGUCCACAGCUCGCUUUACAUUUGAUUAGAUUGAGAAAGAUUGAGAUAUUCUCUAAAGCCUUCACGACUGAUAUCAACUUGUUCCUUGUCUGAGUAGGUGGACAUGCACUUUAUGAAGAAGAUCCCAGAGGGUGCAGAGGCCUCCAAUGUCUUGGUGGGAGAAUUGGACUUCCUGGAGAGACCCAUAGUGGCGUUUGUCCGCCUCUCGCCAGCUGUGCUGCUCACUGGACUCACUGAAGUCCCCAUUCCUACUCGGUAGAUGAUGAGCUCUGUGUUGCUGAUUCAAAAAUAAUGUCUAAAAAUUAAAAAUCAAAGUCCAUUUAUUCUGGAUGUUUCAUUUACUAAAUCCUCUGCUGUCAUGUGUAUGUAAGGUUCCUAUUCAUUCUCCUGGGUCCUGAUGGAAAAGCUCAGCAAUACCAUGAAAUUGGACGCUCAAUGGCAACCAUCAUGACAGAUGAAGUAAGAAUGAUCUUUCAGCCAAAAUCUGCUUACUACUCAAAUGUCUGCUCUUGCAAAGGAAGGCCGUUCAUUUUUCCUGUCCUUCACUUUUGUGUGGAUCAGAUCUUUCAUGAUGUUGCGUACAAGGCAAAGGACAGAAGUGACCUGCUGGCCGGGAUAGACGAGUUCUUGGAUCAAGUGACUGUGCUACCACCUGGAGAGUGGGACCCUUCCAUUCGCAUCGAGCCUCCAAAGAGCGUCCCCUCUCAGGUACGCAGCGAGAAUGAAAAUGGAUACACUUCAGGUUUUUAUUCUUGCAAGAUAUCAGAGCAAUAAUUAUGUUAAAUUUUGAGGGAGAUUUUGAUCCCUGUUUGAUCCUGGACUGUUCCUGGAUAUCUGCAGGAGAAAAGGAAAAUGCCAGGAGUCCCUAAUGGCACUGCCUAUCAGGUGGAGGAGGAACUACAUGCUGAACACCAUGGGCCAGAACUACAGAGGACUGGAAGGUGCCCUGUUACUGAUGUUCUGUUCGCCCAGCUUAUAUGUGUCAGAGAUUCUCCAUAACCAUGAUAAUUACUGAGCCCAUUUUAGGAUUUUAGGGGGACAUUACACUCAUGUGGUGCCAUGAAAGACAACCCGUGGAAAGAUUUGAUUUAACAUGUAGGGAUGUGUGAGGGCCUGAUGAUGGGCUUGACACUCUUUGCCAUGUCUGACAGCUGCCCAGGCCACAAACUCUAAAUUUAGAUUCUUGUGAAAUCGAGGUGUGAGGAUCAAGUGGCAAACACAAUGACCGAGAGCGACAGCCUGAAUCAUGAACAUGUAGGAUAACAUUCUUAAUUGCAGAAUCUAGUACUUGCAGGAAUCUAGUUGUGUAGCUUCUUAUUCCAGUGCAGUGAUAUUAAUCACUUCAUAAUAUUAUCAAUAGAAAAACACAUCAGAGGGGUUUUGGUUCCUCUAAGAGAUGAAAUGGACUUGAAAGCUUUAACCAGCCGUGCAUGCCCAACAGGUGUGUUGGCAUACUCUGGUAGUCAAGAACUUUGCAGAGGCCAAGGGUGUAGAGAAAACUAAGAAUGACAUGACUUCCCAAAGUCAAUAUAGCUAUGACCAGUGGAAAAGACAGGAGGAGUCAAAUAGAGUCCACUGAUACAGUCUGUAAAUGUGUAAAGAGGUCUAAACAGGGGAAAAACAUAAUAAAACACCUUUAGGCUUUGAAAUACCUCUCUCCUUAAACAGUUACCUUAAAAUGUCAUGUUGACACUUGCCUGAUUAUGUGACAUUGGUUAGUUUUCCAAACCAAAGGGAGUUUGGUAACUUUCAUCUAAGUUAUUGUAUUCUAUUUAUUUAUUUAUUUUUUGUUGUUGUUGUUGUUUUUUGCUUCUAUAAAGUUAAUAAUUUUAUAUUCUAAAGUGAAAGAUAGUCUCUGAUAGCAAAGGGUCAAUUAUUAACAAGCUUUCCCAGUAAAGAGGUUAUAUGUAAAUAACUCACCCAGUUGAAAGUAACUUAAAAAACUGAUACUACUUCCCUGUGUACAGAUUUUGUGGCUUAAGCCUAGCGGUGAGUUUUCCAAACCUAAAACUUCGGCUGAGCCAUUAAUCACAGUUUUAUGUUACACAAGGGAAUGUGUAUGUUUCCCAAAUGUCAAACCAUUCCAUUGUCAAUGCAAAUAAUUUCAUUCACUUUGCUAAAUGUGACUUACGUUAAGCACUUCAUCACCUUUGUCUUCUUUUUUUUCUUCUUGUUUCUGAUAUCAGGUUGUUUGGUGGUCUGAUAUUGGACAUCAAAAGGAAAGCUCCUUACUAUCUGAGUGACUUUAAGGACGGUAUGAGUCUUCAGUGCAUAGCCUCUUUCCUCUUCCUCUACUGUGCCUGCAUGUCUCCCGUCAUCACAUUUGGAGGGCUGCUGGGGGAGGCGACAGAGGGGCGCAUUGUGAGAGAACAAACACACAAAGACACUUAUCUAAACUCAGACAAGUACUGUACAUACAUGAUAGAGAUUUGAAUACUUAACUGAACAUGAGACCUUCUCUUUGUAUUUUCUGACUUGCUGCAGAGUGCAAUAGAGUCCUUACUGGGUGCUUCGAUGACUGGAGUGGCCUACUCAUUGUUUGCGGGUCAGCCUCUCACCAUUCUUGGCAGCACAGGUCCUGUACUUGUUUUUGAGAAAAUCCUCUACAAGUUCUGCAAGUAGGUAUCACAAAAAUCUCCUUGUGACAUGCGUAUCAAGGCUCAAUCAUUAUCUUAUCCUGAGUUGAGUUUUUCAAUCAAAUUAUGUGUCAUUUUGUCCUCUCAUUUCAGGGACUACAGCCUUUCCUAUCUGUCACUGAGGACUUGUAUUGGCCUGUGGACGGCCCUGCUUUGUUUGGUGCUUGUAGCCACUGAUGCUAGCUCGCUAGUGUGCUACAUCACUCGGUUCACAGAGGAGGCCUUUGCUGCCCUGAUCUGCCUCAUCUUCAUCUAUGAGGCCUUGGAGAAGCUCUUCCACUUGGGGGAGGUUUACCCCUUUAAUACACACAGCGAUCUGGACAAACUCACCUUAGCUUUGUAAGUUAUAAUAUGGUGACUCUUUUGCAUAGCUGUAUGCUAUCCAAGGUUUUAUCUUAAGGUUGAAAAGCAUUCAAAAGAGGAUUAAAAGACAGUUGUUGGGUUACAAAAGUGAGUAUCACCUGCAAAAAAAGCAGUAACAUGGUCAGCCAUCAAGAAGAUUUAAAUAACAUAAGCAAUGAAUUACACAGGACCAAGAAAUGACCCUUGUGGAACUCCCUUUAUAAGAGGAGAAAAUUCUGCCCUGAAAUCUAUCAGUAAAAGAAUAUAUAACAGUGUACAAGCAAUAGAGUCAAUCCCAUUGUUGCUUUUAGAGAAUGACAAGAAAAUAAACAAUUGUAUUAAAAGCCUAUGACAAGCAAUAAAAAUGCAGCACAAUACUGUCACAAUAUUAAAGCAAGGGACAUAUCAGCUGUGUGGUUCUAUCCAUCAAUCCGGAAGAAUAGUUGGAGCCCAAGACAAAAUAUUUUGAAAGACAUAUUUUCACAUAUUGUGGAUUUUUCUUACAAUAACUGACAUUUGCUCACUGAGUAUAUUUUCUCUGAGUGUGUCUUUCCAUAUUGUCUCUUUGUAUCACAUUUCCUUUCAAAUCGUGCAAAGUCUGAACUGUAUUUUCUUUUACUGUGAGUCUAUCCUUAUUUAUUUAUAAAUUUCCUCAGUGGUAUUCAGUCUCUCUCUCUCUCUGUCUUUUCCUCUGCAGCUGUAGGUGUGCAGAGCCUGAUAAUCCCAGUAAUAAGACGUUGGAACUGUGGAGUGAAAAAAACAUCACAGCCUCUGCUGUACCCUGGACCAACCUCACUGUCAAGGUAACAUAAAUAUGUGGAAACACGCUGCUUCCUAAUGCAAGCGUAACAUGAUAGCACACACUCCAACAUGUUUACUUUUGUUAACAUUCAACUAAACCCUUCACCUUCCCUCGAGCAGUUAACCUCUUUUGAGGACCUUUGCAAACAAUGGAAUCGAUUAACCUUUCUCUCCUUGGAGUGUAACUGGGCAAACCAACAGCUUGUCUUUCCUCUUGCGUUAUUUUUGUCCUCCUCCUGUCUGGCUAUUUUUAAAAAAAACAUCCUUGUUCAAUUUUCCUCUGAAUCCUCAAACAACGUAUUACUCUAAUUUACCCUCUGAAUGUCUACAGGAGUGUAUGAGUCUGCAAGGCCACUUUGUUGGGACAGCUUGUGGCCACCAUGGACCCUACACCCCAGACGUUCUCUUCUGGUCCACCAUCUUGUUCUUCUCUACUUUCUUCAUGUCUGCCUUUCUGAAGCAAUUCAAAACAAGUCGUUAUUUCCCCACUAAGGUAAUUAAUCUAAUCCCAAAGCAAAGACUUGCCACAAAAGCUACCACUAAUCUUGAUUUUUUGCUCCCACUUUUAGGUGCGGUCCAUGAUCAGUGACUUUGCAGUGUUCCUCACCAUCGCUGUCAUGGUUCUGCUUGACUAUGCAAUAGGAGUCCCCUCCCAGAAGCUGAAGGUGCCCAGCAAAUUCCAGGUAUAGAAGUGAAGAUCAUUAUUACUUGGACAUUGAUAUUAAAAUGAACCUAGUCAUAUUUUAAUCAAGACCUCAUGCCUCUCUUACUGAAUCCCCCCCAGCCCACCAGAGAUGAUAGAGGCUGGCUAAUCAAUCCAAUAGGGCCCAACCCUUGGUGGACUGUCCUGGCUGCAUCUAUUCCUGCUCUUCUUUGCACAAUCCUCAUCUUCAUGGACCAGCAGAUUACUGCUGUUAUCAUUAACCGCAAAGAGCACAAACUACUGGUAAGAAAAGAAGUCUUGAAAUCCACAGAAUGUACCUUCCCUCCUUGAUACCUGAGAUGUUUCUAGUUGGACAGCCUAGAAUGUCAUUAGCUGCGUUUACAUGGGCACAAAUAAUCUGAAGAAAUGCCCGAUGUAAACACGUCCAUCGUAAGAUUCUGAUCCAAUUCAACUCAAUCGGAAAGACAAUGUGUUCCGAUCAAGAGGGGUGGUUUAUGCCGAUCGUUUUUCCGAAAUGCGUCCAUGUAAACACUUAUUCCAAUCGUGACUCUAUUUCCUGACUCGACCUUCACUCUUUAGCCAGUACAGGAGGUUUCAUUAUUAACACUGGCAUGAAACACAACCGCAAGUGCCUUGUCUGCUCUUCCGGUAACAUAACAAGGUGUACAUACAGUGUAAUGAUGUCACAUGUGCAUGCACAGUGCAACCUUUAACAGAUCAUUAAAAUAAGUAAGCAAGGGCACCAUCUAGUGACAAUAUUUAACAGGGGGAAAACUCCUGAAUUGGAUAGGGUGAGCCACUACCGCAUCUGUUGGUUUGUUGACAGCACAGGCAUAAAUACAACUCUUUUUCUGUGGUUGUUUUAGCAAAAUCAGACAACUCUGUGCAUGUCCAAAUGCUUCUAAACUGAAUAAAACUUGAUGCAUGUUUAUGCGUGUCAUGAUCAGAUUAUUUGAUUUUGCACCCAUGUAAAAAGUAGAUUCAUAUUUUCCAAUCCCUCAAAAUUUGAAUCGGAUCAAGAAAUGUUGCCCAUGUGAAUGUGGCUACUGUCUUGACAUCUAAGGGACCAUCCCAUAAUCCCAAAUUUUGAUUUGCUAUCUCAUUGGUUGGAGGACAGAUAAUCCUGUUUUAAGAUAAACUGAUUGGGCAACCUUGCAUCAGGCUGCCCGUGGCUUUUUUGAAAACUUAUUGUAGUACAUCACAGUUGAUAGUACCGCUACAAGGGCAUCAGAGAUAAAUAUUUCUGAAGUCCUUCAGAAAUUCAACAUGUUACAUUUCCAUGUAACCUCUCUAUUGUGUUUUUUUCAUCUAAAAACCAUCAACAGUAAUUUAACAUUUAACCAGGUGUAAAUAAAGUUUUCUCACAGUGGUGCUUACAAACAGGAUAAAGUGUAUGUGGUCUGAAGACUUUAAGUACAAUCCACUUAUCAUUAAUGUACUUAUGCAAUGUGUACAUCCCAUCAUUUCUUGUCUCUCUGUCAUUCAGAAAGGCUGUGGGUACCACCUAGACCUGCUGAUGGUGGGGGUGAUGCUGGCUGUGUGCUCCAUCAUGGGCCUGCCCUGGUUUGUGGCAGCCACCGUCCUGUCCAUCUCUCAUGUCAAUAGCCUGAAGCUGGAGUCAGAGAGCUCGGCUCCAGGAGAGCAGCCACGCUUCCUGGGCAUUAGAGAGCAAAGGUUCACCGGCCUGGUCAUCUUCCUGCUCAUGGGCUGCUCUGUGUUUAUGACUGGGGCCCUGCAGGUUAGUUGGACAGGUUGUUCAACGCUGCCCUCCUCUGGUUGGAACAUGUAGAAGGACGUUUGAAAGCCUGAUAAUGUUAAGGUGUAACCAAAGUUCACUGACGUAUCUUCUUUCCCCCCAGUUCAUUCCUAUGCCUGUGUUGUAUGGCGUUUUCCUUUACAUGGGAGUCUCCUCAUUGAAAGGCAUCCAGGUAACAAUCUGCCAACAAUGAAAAAAAAAAGAACAUUUUUUCAGCACAGUAAAGAAUAACUACUAACAUUUGCAGUCCUAGCUGUGAUAUUGAUCCAGAAUUCACGAGUAUUUAGCGAGAUAAUAUAGCUAGACUGGCAUGUGCACUGACAUUUUUAAACUCUUUAUGAAUAAAGGUAAUGCAGCUUGGAGUGCUUCAAAUAUAAACUGUUCCAAGUUUUUCUUUUUUUCUCUUCAUCUCAGUGUCUUCUUAAUUUGGCUGUCCCAGUUAUGCCCUCUCCUUAUCUAAUUAAUUUGGUCUCAAUUCAGCGGGGCCUGACAGCUAAUACUCAGACCAAUCUAAGUGAAUUUGUCAUUCAUAAUCACUUCCUCUCUCCUUCCAUUAUCACCAUCUGUGUCCUGGUUCUUUUCUCAUUAAUCCGUCGCUCUCAUUAACCUCUCCGGCUUUGACUCUCUCUGCCACCGUAUCUUUUCAGUUCUUUGACCGUUUGAAAUUGUUCGGCAUGCCAGCAAAGCACCAACCUGACUUUAUCUACCUGCGCCAUGUCCCUUUGAGGAAAGUCCACCUGUUUACUGUCACCCAACUCACCUGUCUGGUGCUGCUCUGGGUCAUCAAGACAUCACCUGCUGCCAUCGUCUUCCCUAUGAUGGUUAGUUGACCAACAAAUAACACACUGAGCCUCGGCUUUUCUCAAACCAAAGUAAUGAGCUUUGGCUGCCUCUUGUGCCUGCAGGUUCUGGCUCUGGUUUUUGUUCGCAAGGUCCUGGACAUCUGCUUUUCCAAGCGAGAGCUAAGCUACCUGGAUGAUUUGAUGCCUGAAUGGAAGAAGAAAAACCUGGACGAUGCCUCUAAAAAGAUGGAAGAGGUAGUCUGAAAUGCAUCUUGAAAAGCACACAUGAAAAUGAUAAAACAUUCAUGUACUGACUCUGUCUGUUUGUGUCUGGCGGGGGGGACUUUGAGGAAUCACAGGUUAUGCUCAGUGCAAAGACGGAUGAUACAACUUCAGUUCAGAUUCCUAUGGAAAGCAGCAAGCCUGCUCAGACAUCAAGAGCACAUGACCCCAGGUUAGAGCACACAUACACACACACACACACACAUACCAACAGCAUGAGCAUCAUCUGAUCUAAGUGGUAAGACGUGUGUGUGUGUGUUUGUCUUGUUUGGUUGUGAUGGUUCUAGUGCACCCUGUAACUAAUAAAGAAACUUUUCCUUGACACUUUCCAAAAUCAAAAUCUUCUUUCUUUCCAUACCUUCCUUCUCUUCUCCCUGCUCCCCAGGUGUGAUCCCUCUGAUAUUAAUAUAUCUGAUGAAAUGUCUAAAACAACCGUGUGGAAAUCCCUAAACUCCAAUCAAAAGGACACUCGUCCUGUGGCUGCUAAAAAGGCAAGGCCACACCCUCUUUAUCCUUAACCCUACCUUCUGGGAAACUGCACCACAUGUUGUGGUCACUUGAUUCUUUAAUCCACCAUAUUCACAAGGCAGCCAGUUUCCUGAAGACCAUUGCUGGGAUCAUAUCAGAUUGCUGUGUUCCUGGUUUCAAAUUGUUUGAUAAAAAGUUACUGUUUCUUUUGAAUAAGUUAACAUUUGACAAUUAAAUAGAAAUUUACAACUCUCUUAACAUAUCACUUAACUCUAUGAAACAAGCUAACAAGUGUAGAAGAAAGUCAAGACUAAUGUUUCCCAUGGUAGCUAAAUGGACAUGGGUGAUGUUUCACAUCUCCCACCAAUUUUUACCAUCCUUUCCAUCACUUGACUCUCAAUCUGACACAUUAUGAAAUAUCAAUUUGUCAGAUUUUCUAGAUCAACAGAUGACAAAACUUUUGUUAAACAAUUUGAUCAAAUUUACAAUCGUAUUGAGCUUCUUACCUGAGGUGUGAUUUCAGUGCAAAAUGGCUGCCUGUUGAACAUGGUAUCUGUCACUCAAACUGGUGCUAUGCUGUCAAACUUGCUAUACUUUGUGCUGUGUUCACUCUGGGUGUGUUUGUGUUGCUCUGCAGGAUUGAAGGGAUCGAGUUCAUAGAUGAAUGAAGGAUACCGCAGUCCAGGCAGGCACAUGACUGCAGUUCUGGACCUUGGCACACUGAGAUCUGACGCUUUUGACUGUCAGCCACUUCAGUGCUUAGGGAAACAAGUCUCAAUGAUUUCUACCAGCGACCCACCACACAUAGAACAGACACACACCGAAAAUACGCUCUUCUAUUGUUGUGAGGAUUCUUUCCCAAAACCAAGACUAUAUGAUAAAAUCUAAGCCUAACUCUAAUUUAUGAGCAGAAAGUACUACCAAACUUUUUAGCCUACCAUCCUCGCCAGUUAACCAAUGAAAAAAGCAUAAUCUUUACGUUACAUCUUGUACUUUAAGACUUCUGCACAACCAAACUGGACUGAAAGCCCUUUGAGAUCAUUUCUGCCAUUCUGAACACUGCCAUUUGCUUCCCAUCUUAUUUAAGAGGCUUAAUGAUGAUAGAAGAAAUAAAACUUUUCCUUUUUACUUAUGGAAGUCAAAUUACAUUAGAGCAGCUCUGUCUGGGUUUUUUUCCUCUCUUUUUUUUUUCUUUUUUUUUUUUUUGGAGUGGAGUAUUAACAGGCUCUGAUAAUAUAAUCUAGUGACAAACCCUGGAGCUGCUCCAUCCACAGUGACAGUAAAUAAAGACAAAACUGUGAGGACACUGUGACAGCUGCUGGCAGCCACAGUGAUUUCACUGAGAUAUGGGGACAUCUUCACAUUCGCUGCUGAGAGCCCUGCAUUUAUUUAAUACUUAUUAGAAGGCGACAUCUCAAACUGCCAAAUUCUGUCAUUGGUCUAUUUCCAAAGUGUCGACCAAAAAGAGUGGAUGGUUUUCUUUUAGCUUACGGGGACACAGCUGUUGUUUGCCUAUAAAUAUCGACUUUACUGCCCGGCAUCAGUGAAACAGCCCAUUGUAAAUUCUUUUGUCGGGUGGAUUUUUCUCCCAAUGUCAGAACUUGUAAUGGCUGGAGCAGUACACUGACCCCCAUCAUAAGUUGAUGAAUAUUUACAAGUUCACAAUAUAUUCAGAUUAUGCCAAAACAACCCUGUGAAAAAUUCUGCCAUCAUGAAGGUUAUGAUUUUUGCUUUUCUUGACUCCAUGAAAAUGAUUGAGGACUGGCGUUUGCAUAAAUUAAGGCACGCGUUAAUUAUACAUUUGUAUAACCUGCUCAACCUUUUGUCCUCUCCAGACGAUAUUAACACAGUGCAUGUUUUAACUAUUAUAGACCAAACCAAACAAGUUACCUAACAGUUGCUGAUCUACAACCUGCCAUUACCACAACAUGACAUUCAUUAAUUUUAAGUUACUGACCUCCAAAUGAAUGUAAGUUGAAAUGUUACCCUCCAUUAGGUGUUGAAGUGGUAGGCAGCUAAAUGUUUAACUAAAUUUAACUGCAGCGUAAUGGUAACAAAAGGGAAACUUUGAGGUUUAAUAAUAAUUUACUCUUUUUUUUGUACUGCAAGUUGCACUUUGCCAAUGACAUCUUCUGUUUAAUGAUUGCAGCUGCUGAAAAGACUUAGUCCUCAUCACAAUAGGAGAGCAAAUGCAAUUACAAAACAACAACUUCCACACUCCACCAUUUAAUCAGAGACAACACCCAGGUUUCCAGCCUCUACUGUACACCUAUGGAGUUUCAAUCCUCCUUUAAUAACAAACCAGGUUCUUUUUUCAAUAACCUCAGUAGUUUUUUCUGUCAUUGUUCCUUAAAUCUUGUAGAGAAACUUUUUUUUAAUGUGCCAUGACUGUUUAUUUUUUCUAAUAGUGAUUACAUGAUUGAUUACUUAGUAAGAGUUAAAGCAUCAUUGCCGGCUCAGUUAUGUGUAGACUUUUCCUCUUUUGGGAGUGUAACACUUGUGUGGUGUCAGUUUUGCGCAGUGAUGUAAACUGAAAACUGUUCAUGUAAGAAGACCCACAGCAGUGGCAUAAAUCUGUAAACACAUUCACUUCUUUUAGUAUAUGGCCUUUUCCUUUGGACUUCUAGAUGUGUAGAAAGGAAGUUGUUCUACAGUCUUUGUCAUGUGUUAGUGUCUUAUCUCUUUACCUCAGACAAGUUCAUGAACGCUCCUGCAAAGCACUUUGGUUGACGUCAGGUCAGGGAGGAAGCGGAGCAGAAAAACUGAGUGAGUAUGUGUGUUACUGUGAGUAAAAGAGGGAGUUUUUAUGUCUCUUUGAGAAUCAGGAACACAGCUAUGAGUUUAUUGUUUGUUUGGUUGGUUCUGAUUUUAAUUUUUUUAGGAUGAGUGGGGAGGGGUACCAGCAAUAAUUUACCCAAAAAGCAAAUCCAAAUUCACAGUUUCAUUUAUGAGUCUCUUUGUGCUACAGCACCAUUAUAAAGAUGUCUGACUGAAAAAGACAAUGUAACAUCGAAAGCAUCAAAACACCUUUCUGAGCCAAAAACAGGAAAUGUCCUCAAUUACACAGAAGUGAGAAGAUAUUUUAAGGCACACUCUCAUUCACUUUCUGGACUCAUGUCCGAUUUGAUGAAUAGCAGAGCGUCCUUAAGUUUAUUGUCUUUCAGUUCUUUUCUUUUGUUUUCUAUACUUUUACUGGCUGUUGUCAUUGAUUCAUUUCAAUGGGAUGCUCCUUCUGUAGGUUUCAGGCAUUAGCGUCGCCUCAAAGCUUAGAGAGCCAAAGAGGACAGAGACAUGAUGGUGUGACAGCUUGAUCUUCAAUAAUACUUAAUUUGUAGUUGCACUUUCUGUAGAUAAAGAGUUUGUGAUAUAUUUUAUUUUCAUGAAAUCUAUUACGUAAAGAUAAUGUUUUACUUACCUAUUAUUAAUUAUAACAAUAAUAUUUUUAGAUGAAAUAAUCUAAGUGUUUUCUUUAUGUAUAUAGUUAAUUGUAAAAAAGAAGGGGAGCUACGGGAGGAUUGCUAAAGAAUGCAGCAGUUAUUAUAAAUGGAUGAAUUCAAUGAAAUAUCAUCAGAAGUAAUUUGAGAGUGAGGAUCUCUGGUGGUUGACAUUGUUUAAUAACCUUCAUGAUUUUCACACCUUUUGUCUCCUAAGAAGAGCCUUGAAACUUAUCAUAAAUUAGCUGAAUGUUGUCUAACAAUGGCCAUUGUCAGGUUGUUAGUUAUGUUCAGGUUGGUAUGUUCAAAAACCGAUAAAAUGCAUUACCGCUCUGACCCAGGUUUUAUGGUAUUUAUCACUGGGUUUAUAACAAAUUAUUAUUUUACCACUUUGUUAUUGAUCUGCAGCCAGUGUAAACUUUUCCAUUUUAGUGCCACAACCAGAGACGGACACUGUGGUUGGUAAAGUGCAAAUCCAAACUUAUUUGACAUUUGCUACCAGAUAACUUUAACUCAUACAUUCCAAAGUAAUACAGCAGCAAUACAUUUCCCUACCCUUAAUCCCAGAAAAAAAUUUUAACAUUUAACUUCACUUGGCCAAAUAUUCAAUAAUCAAUAAACUUUUUUUCUUUAAAAAAAAAAAUCAAUUCAGUAAAAUUUAGUCAUGGAAUUGAGUUGAAUUUCAAUUUCAAACUUUUCAAAGGUCCAGCGAAAUGUUAGUUCACGAACUGAUUUAUAAUUAUUUUCAAGGCUCCUCAGUUCUCAUCAUCAAAGUGACUGUAGUGUAUGAGAACAGUAACCUUUUAUCAACUCUCAUGCAGCUGUACCUCCCCAUAGAAAUGUAUGAAUGUUUUAUAUACUGUAUUUGCUGUAAUGUACUUCUGCUUUGACUGUCAGACUUUUGAAUGUCGAUAUAGUCUUUGUGUGUCUGAGGAACCACAAUGUAGCUUAUAACUGGCAUGACAAAAUGUUAUUCAUUGUGUAAAUACACUAUGUAAUCUAAAUCUCAUGACUGAGAAAAACUAUGAAAAAUGCCUCCAUAACGAACUAGACCAACGCUCUUAACCAUCCAGUGCUCUAUGACUGUAGAUGACCGAUUAUUUAGUGAUUGUUUGAGUCAUUUCCACAGCCAUCAUGUGUCUUAAACUUGGUUUUAGCUGAUUAAUGUAUAUGUAAGGAUGUAUGGUAAGCAUACAGCAAAAUGCCCUCAGAAUACUGUGGGUGUCUGCAUAUACAUGUGACCAUGAAGUCACUCAUUUUAAUGGAUGUGAGUAUAACAUUUGUGCCUGUCAUAGAAAACAUAACCACUUCCUGUUGUGCUGUCAUUUUUACAUGAAUAACUUCCCUACAUGUGACCAAAAAAAGGAAAGAAAAGAAGACAAUGUUCAACCAACAAGGAGUUGCAGAAUGUCAAAAAAGAAACUCCACUGAUAUGUCUCAUUUUGUACAAUUUUUCAGUUCCUCUGUGCCAUUAUGAUACAGCAACAGAGUCAUGUCAAUUUUCCCCUUCUUGAAUCUGUACUUCAUAUUUAUGUGUAUAUAAAAAGUGAAAAGUGUCCAGAGUGUGGCAGUGUCAAAAAUGAAAAGGUCAAAAGUUUGUGUUUGUUUCAAGGACAAGGCAAGUUUGACAAAAGAGGAAGAGGAUGGGAGGAAGAGUUGUCAGAAAGCAGGAGACUUUCAGGUAGAACAACAGCCGUAUCGCAGUACCCUCAAUCUUUAAGUCUUGGAGCCAUAGAAAAAAAGUGAUGCCUUUUCUCUUCAACUAUUGAAUGAUUAGUCUAGGCAAAGUACAUGUUUUAUAUGUAUAUGUAAAUCUAAUUUAAUUUUUGACUAUGGAAAAUAAAAUAAAUAAAUGCAGCUGGAAUUAAAU